CUGGAGGUAGUGCGAGAGACGGAGGAAGGAGGUGGGGGAGCUUUUAGCAGCGUCUGGGCUGGCUCCGCUACAUUGUUACCAGUGAGAGUGGGAGCUUCUUAACACUGGCUUGCCGGAUGCUGCUGAUGUUGCUACAGCUCCUGCCUCCCUCUCAGCUCUCCCCUGAUAGGAUGGUUCCUGUGCACCCUCUCUAGGAUUUUUUUUGUUUCAUUUUUCCCAGAAAAAAACACCUUUUUUUUUCCUUUCUAUUCCCCCACCUCCGUGCGUCCACCCGGCGUUACCUGGAGGCAAGCGGACUCGCAGGAGGAGCAUGUGAAUGGCCAAAGACACCUUUGCUGAUUUUGUCACCAGUUCUACCCCAUGGCUUUGUCAACACCAGAAGGAGUGAUGCCAGUUCCAGACCAGCCAUCUGUAUCGGAAAAAAACAGCUUGCUGAGCCCCAUGCUGACUGCUUCCAAUGGAGAUGGCUCUGAGCCAGAGACCACUUCUGCUAUUCUGGCGUCAGUCAAAGAACAGGAGCUGCAGUUUGAAAGACUAACUAGAGAGCUGGAGGCCGAGCGCCAGAUUGUCGCUAGCCAGUUGGAGCGAUGUAAACUGGGAUCCGAUACAGGCAGCAUGAGCAGCAUUAGUUCGACAGAGGAUUCCUUUCGCUGGCACAUACAAGAUGCACAGAAAAGUGCGGACGAUGAAAUUGCCAGUGGCUUGGAGCUAGUGGACUCCUGUUUGAGGUCCCUUCAAGAGUCCGGAAUACUGGACCACCACGAAUACUCUUCAACUGAAAGGUCCAACCCUCUCUCCCAGAGUGCCUCACAUAUUAAUGCCAAUCCAGAAGGCUCCUACCAGUACUCCGGCAGUUACCAUAGCAACCAGACCCUCUCCCGAGGUGACUCAACCACAUCGCAGCUCUCUGGGAGGACCUCCAGUGGUCAGAUUGGAGCAGGUGUCGGUGUUCAUAACUACAGUCAGGUUAACCGGAUUGGUGACAGCAGUCGUACUUCGGGUUCAGAGAGCUCUCCAUCCCACUCUGCGUCGCAGUCAAGGGAGGCUUUUGUGCCAAGCCAGGGGAGUGCAUUCCGCCUGCCUGACUCUCAGCACCCGUCUUCAGUCUACUAUGUCAGUGCCACGCUUCCCGCUCAGAGAGUGAGUUCUCCCAUGUCCCUCCAGCGGACAGGCUCACCACCGAAGCUCCAGCGAGCGGGCUCGGCUGCAGAGAGCAGUGUCUACAGCGCUCAGCGGCUUGCCUCCCCCAAGCAAAUGGCAUCCCCCAGCCGCCUUUCCAAGUCCUACAGCACCAGCUCCCCAGUCAACAUUGUGGUGUCCUCGGCAGCCCUCUCUCCCUCACCCCCAGCCAUUGCCGCCACCUCGCCCGCGCACCAGGCCAGCUCAGUCCAGCCCAGCUACGCCACGCUGUCGCCCACCAAACGCCUCGGCCAUCCGUCUGAUCCAUACGGCAAGCACCCACAGGACUUGUAUGAGCGCUCUACUCUCCAGAGGCCUGGCAGUCUGGCAGCCAGUUCCCGUGCCUCCUACAGCAGCCAGCACAGCCACCUGGGCCCAGACCUGCGCCCACUGCAGUCUCCAGAGCACCACAUCAACCCCAUAUAUGAAGAUAGAGUCUAUCAAAAGCCCCCUAUGAGGAGCCUAAGUCAAAGCCAAGGAGACCCGCUGCAGGCAUCAUUUGCAGGAACAUAUCGCACUAGUACAGCCCCGCCCUCCCCCGCUGUUGACUCCGUAUCCUUGCAGCGCACGGGCAGCCAGAACACCGCGACCUACCAGAGACCCAGCUACGCCACUGGCCCAGCAGCCAAUUACGGAGAUCCCUACCGGACACUGCAAUACUGUCCUUCAGUGGAAUCACCAUACAGCAAGUCUGGACCAGCCAUCCCGCCUGAAGGUACUUUGGCAAGGUCACCUUCCAUCGACAGCAUUCAGAAAGACCCCAGAGUUCAGCAAAGCAGCAUGCCCUGCAGAAAGUGGCGGUCAGGCUCAACCCUGCGUGCAGCACCUGAUACAACUGGGAACAGAUGUGGGAGAAGAUGGCACACCUUAAGGAAGCUGCCAAGGGAGUUUGGUUGGCGGGAUCCUGAGCUGCCAGAGGUCAUCCAGAUGUUGCAACAUCAGUUCCCUUCAGUGCAGUCCAAUGCUGCAGCCUACCUGCAACACCUGUGCUUUGGAGACAAUAAGAUCAAGGCGGAGAUAAGAAGACAAGGUGGAAUCCAGUUGCUGGUUGAUCUGUUGGACCAUCGAAUGCAAGAAGUGCAUCGCAGUGCCUGUGGAGCCCUUAGAAACCUGGUAUAUGGGAAGGCAAAUGACGACAACAAAAUUGCUUUGAAAAACUGUGGUGGAAUUCCAGCACUGGUACGACUGCUUCGGAAGACCCCUGAUGUGGAGAUCAGGGAGCUAGUUACAGGUGUUCUGUGGAACCUGUCAUCAUGUGAUGCGCUGAAGAUGCCAAUUAUCCAGGAUGCACUUGUGGUACUUACCAAUGCGAUCAUCAUCCCACACUCUGGUUGGGAUAUUUCUCCUCAUCAGGAAGACCGAAAAAUUCAGCUCCACACAUCAAUGGUCUUGCGGAAUGCCACUGGGUGCUUGAGGAACGUGAGUUCAGCUGGUGAAGAGGCACGGAGAAGGAUGAGAGAAUGUGAUGGCCUCACUGAUGCUUUGCUGUAUGUGAUUCAAUCCGCUCUGGGGAGCAGUGAGAUUGAUAGCAAGACAAUUGAGAAUUGCGUCUGCAUCUUGAGGAACCUUUCUUACCGGCUGGCGGCAGAAACAGCCCAGGGACAACAGAUGGGCACGGAUGAAUUUGAUGGGUUACUGUGCAGCGACAGCAACGGGAAAGACAGCGAGAGUUCAGGUUGCUGGGGCAAGAAGAAGAAGAAAAAGAAGGGUCAAAAUCAGUGGGACGGUGUUGGACCGCUUCCAGAAGCAACAGACCCACCAAAGGGCAUACAGCUCCUAUGGCAUCCCUCAAUAGUCAAACCCUACCUCACACUUUUGUCAGAGUGCUCAAAUCCAGAUACCCUUGAGGGGGCAGCAGGAGCCUUACAGAAUUUGGCUGCGGGGAGCUGGAAGUGGUCUAUUUACAUCCGUGCUGCAGUCCGGAAGGAGAAAGGUUUGCCCAUUCUCGUGGAGUUGCUGCGAAUAGACAAUGACCGUGUUGUGUGUGCUGUUGCCACGGCAUUACGAAAUAUGGCUUUGGAUGUCAGAAACAAGGAGCUCAUUGGCAAAUAUGCCAUGCGAGAUCUUGUCCACCGUCUUCCUGGAGGCAGCAGCAGCACUGGCACUGGAACCGGCACAAGUGCAGUCAGCAAAACCAUUUCCGACGAGACAAUAACUGCCAUCUGCUGUGCUUUGCAUGAAGUCAUCACUAAAAACAUGGAAAAUGCCAAGGCCUUGCGAGAUUCAGGAGGAAUCGAGAAGCUCAUCAGCAUUGCCAAGAGUAAAGGAGACAAGCACUCACCGAAGGUGGUGAAGGCAGCAUCUCAAGUUCUGAACAGUAUGUGGCAGUAUCGAGAUCUGAGGAGCCUCUAUAAGAAGGACGGAUGGUCUCAAUAUCACUUUGUGGCCUCAGCUUCCACAAUAGAACGGGACAGACAGAGGCCCUACUCCUCCUCACGUACUCCCUCCAUAUCACCAGUCAGGAUGUCCCCCAAUAAUCGUUCAGCGAGUGCCCCAGCCUCUCCCCGAGAGGUGAUCAACCUAAAGGAGAGGAAGUCUGACUAUGACACAACCGGGACCAACUCUGGCUACCAUGGGAGUAAAGGAGAGCAUAUCUCCAGAAAAGACACUCUUCCAGCCCAGCUUUCUGUAGUAGCCGGAUCAGGCUUCAGAAAUUCCUAUGCUACACCCGUUGAAGGUACCAAGCACAACCAGGUCUCAUCACAACCUGUGGCACAGGAACCCAGUAGGAAAGACUAUGACACCUAUCAACCCUAUCAAAAUUCGACAGGAAAUUAUGAUGACUCUUUCUUUGAAGAUCAAGUGCACAGUCGCCCAGCAGCCAGUGAAUACAACAUGCAUCUCGGCCUGAAGUCAACAGGCAAUUAUGUAGAUUUCUACUCCGCUGCCCGUCCCUAUAGUGAGUUAAACUACGAGACGAGCCAUUACCCAGCCUCACCCGACUCCUGGGUCUAAGCAGUUGGCCCCUUGGGUCUGAGCAGAGGAGGCAGAUACACAAGAAAAGAAUAAUAAUACAAGACCCUGGGAACUGUGCAUGUGCAUGAAUACCACAAGACAUUUUUCAGCAAGUCUUAGUCUAUCAGUGGUCUGUUCCGUAGGACAGUCAUCGGGUGAAUCAUAACAGAUGGCGGUCAGAUGGAUAAGUACGGAGAGAAAUGCAAGUGACAUUCAGCUCAUACAAAGAAAUUGGAAAAUUUACUCACCAGAAUUUGGAGGGGGAGUGGGGGUGGUGAAGGGUUGGGGGAAGGAUUCAAAGUUUCUGCUUUGCUUCCAGUGAAGCAGGAUUGUGCUGAGGCGGGGGGGAGGGGUGAAAGAGUGUCAAAAGUGUGCAAAGAAAAUGGCAUUGUGGGGAGGAAUGAAGUUGGCAAUGGAAAGUGUUUGAAAGUGAUUGGAGGGAAGUUGGAAAGGCCAGGUCAAAGGUCAAGCACAAGAACCUGAAUGUGUUUACAAUUGUUACUGGGACAGUCUGUCACCUCUUGGAAACAAACAUUCUCAACUGAUUGAUUGUGUGUCACAGCUUGUAGUUUGCAGUCGGGUAAUCUUCUGUACAGCAAGAUCAUUUCUCUCGCCGCCUUCUUGGGUUCUUUAUGCUUUGUUGUGAAGUAUUGGAUGUACAUUACUGAUCAAUGAGAGCAUUGUGUCCAUUACAGCAAUGCCAAAGUACUCCUUCCGUCUCUUGUUCUUAAUACUGUUUUAAUUACGGACAAAAAAAAUGUGCUAAGCAAAUUUGACCAGAUGUGUGAAUUUUUGAGUUUUCUUUUUUUUAUGAAGUAAUUAACUGAAGGAAGUAUUUAGCAGUAUUGUUUGUUCUGGUAUGUGGAUUUGUUUGUGUGGUCACUAACAGAAAACUCCAUCAGUCGCUGAUAUUAUGAACAUCAUUCCACACGCUCAACUGAUGAGACACUCUCUCUCUUUCUCUCUCACUGCCUAAAGUUUUAGAUGUAGAUAUUUGAAGACAAUUUUUCAUUUCUACCGGUUUUGUUUAUGAUACAGUGUUAACAGUAAAUAAUGAAGUUUGUCAUCCAUGUUUGUAAAAAAAAGUCAAGGGGAAAAAAAGAAAAAAAGUCUUUUUUUUCCAUGUUUCUUUCUCUUCAUACAAAGUCAACAAUGGUUCCGAUGUGCCAUAAAGUCUGUUCGUAUUAAUCUGCAGUAUCCCUUUUCUGGCUUCAAGCACAUUGAACUUUCAGAGGAGAAAGGUUUUGGGGGGGGGGGAAUGGAUGUCAAUUUUAGCCCAACUUGCCAGGCAGGAAACCUAUUGGAUCUGGUGAAGACUUUGGUUGCUUCUCAUUACUUUCCAUUGUCUUUUGCACCACUCAAAAUUACUCCUCAGAACAGUCUGUCCAAUAUUACGCACAAUUGACAUUGAGAAACACAGUGUUCUACUACCAAAUAGUACUCUGUAUUGAUUUUCACACUUUACCCAAUAUUUAAUUUGGCAAUGGAGGGAGGGGUGGGUGGGUCUUGUAAAAAAUCCACUGGUGGACAAAAUAGUGUAGUUUUCACAACAAGCAUGUUUGAUCACAAUGAUCCCACCACCAUACACCCUCCCUAAGUCUUUACUGAGAAGUGUAGGCCCCAAUCACAGAGCUCCUGGGUUUGAUAGUGAAAUGUUUCUGUCCCUUUACAACACAUUUGAGUUCAUGAACGGACUCGUGGGCGUGCAACUAUUGUACAUAAAACAUAGCCCCAUGCAAACUGGAACCUUUCGUGCAAAGCUCACAUUGUACGUCGCAAGGCACCGCAUAUUGGCCUUAAAAGAAAGCUCUGCAGAGUUUUGCGGGCUAUAAAGUUGCAUAGGCAAACAUAAAAGGGAUACUGCCCGCUUUAAAGCAACUUUGUUUUUGGGAACAAUAGCGCAGCAGUACUCAUUGGUGCCAAAUGAGAGGAAAAAAACAAACAAAAAAAAGACACUAUGAAUUUUAAUUGUAGGAAAAAAUACUCUGAAAUUGAUGGCUAGCUAAUUGUCCUGCUGACAGUUUGUAGAUGUAGAUAGAUGAGAUUUAAAUUUGUUAAAUGCUUUUUACAGUGUGUUUUGUCGACAACGAACAAAAAGAAACUAUAAGGGUAAGCAGCAUAUUGGGUUACGUAGCCUUUAAACCGCAGUCGGAAAGAAUCUGGGUGAUGUGAUUUAAAAAAAAGAUAAUAAAUGAUGCUAUUAAAAAAUUUAAACAAAGUUCCAAAAAGUUUCUUUAAGCAGUGCAAUACAACCAAAUGUUGUAGUAAUUCCCUUCUAUAUGAUGGCUUUGAAAAUUCUCACGGAUUGUACCAUGCGUAACUGGCUUAAGCUCAAAGGCAUUGCAGUAUCUUGUAUAAAAUGAUCCAGUGUUGCCGGAUAUCUCAAUGGUUUGCAGCGUACAUACCUGGAGAUUGCACUAACCAUUUCCCUGAAAUUGACCAAACCAGAUAUACAGAUCAUGGGAAUGUAAGCACAAAUUAUGUCAAGUAUAUUCAGAUUUCUGCGAUCAUUAACGUUGGUUUGAGAAACAUCAUGUUUGAAGGUAGCCCUGUCCCCAAAUAUGAGCACCACAGACUGAAAUAAUUUUGCAUUGCAAGUUUCCACAAAUUUAUUUAUAUUUCCAAUCAUUAAAGGAGGCUUUGUUGUAAGUUUAAAAAAACUAAUUUACUAAGGAAACAACUGUAUUCAUCCAUGAAACUAGUAAAUAGAUGUUUCAAGUUAUUUUCAGUGAUUUAAAAUCAAAUGACUCAGAAGUGGUUGACUAGAUAAUCUUACAAAACUGCUUAAUUUUUGUGAUUGCCCACUUUCAGCUGUAUUGCUAAGAAAAACUGCACCAGAUUACCACUCUAAAAUACAUUAAUAAAUAUUUUUAAGGC